AUGAUACUGGAUCCGGUGAACCUUGGCGUGCUCGCCCUCGUUUUCUUGGCGGCCCUCUUCUUUUGCUACUUUGCUAGGCAGGGCAGUGAUGAUGGCAAAUAUGAAAAGUUGGCCAAGGCUUCGUCGCGGAUCCUGGUCGAAAAGAAGGGCGCCGGCAAGGGCAAAUCGUUCAAGAGUAAGAAGGAGAACAAGAAGAAUGAAAAGCGCACGCCCGAGGUGCGUGCGGCCGCCCGCCUCGUUGAAGUGGUGGAUGUUGCGGUUCCGGAACUUGUCGAAAUGCCCGUGAAGAAGCCCGAGAAGCCCAACGAGAUGCCGGCUGUGGUCAGCGAGCCCGUGGUCCCUCCCGUGGUCAAAGAACCGACGAAGGUGGAAGAAGUUGCGGUCAAGGUCCCACCACCGGAACCCGAAACCAGAAGCAAGAAGAAAGCGAGCAAGAAAGAAAAGGGAGCAGCUGCUGUCCCUGUUGCUGAACAGACGGUUGCCGUCUCGAUAAAGCCAACGGAGGAACCGGCAAAUGCUCCUGACGUUUCGGUCACUCCGGCUCCGACGAAGCCUGUCGAAGAUGUGAAGCCGAAGGCCCCUAAGAAGAAGAUUCCGACGAUGGCCGAGAUGAAUGAACAUACACUUCUCUCGCGUCUCUCUCAGCUUGACGAUCUCGAGCCUGUCUAUGUCGAAUUUCUCACGCGCUAUUUCAACGACAUCAAUGACAAUGUAUGUUGUCUUCAUUAUCUCUUGUCAUUGCUGUAUUUUAGGCGGCCAAGUCUGCGAUUUCGAUCGGCGCUCUCGAGCAAAAAGGUUGCCGAUGCGACGGCGAAGGCCGAUCAGCAGACCAAGGAACGGAAGGCCGCUCAGAAGGACUGUGCAGAACAGAAAGUCGUCACCAGCGAACUCGUCAAGAAGAUUGCUUCGCUCGAGGAAGAGGCCAUCACAUCCAGGCGUUUGCUGGCUGAUUAUAAGCUCAAAGAUGCCGCGUACGUGGAAAUUCAGACGAAAUAUGGCGAGUGCACCUCUGAGCUGACGGCUUUCAAACAGAACGAUGCCAACCAGAAGCGCCAAAUCCAAAAGCUGCAACAUGACCUCGAGGGAAACCAACACCAACUUGGAGCGGCCAUCGUCGAGAUGAAAAACCUUAGGGCGGCUGUUGUGGUUGGUGAGAAGGCGCAAAAGGACUUGGUGCAGGUUCGCGCCGAUUUGGCCGAGAAGAACGAAAAGCUCUCGAAGCUGACCAUCGAGUUCAAGGAGAUUCAAUUGCUUGCCCGUGACGCCGUCGCCAACCAGGAGCCUCUCCGUGCCGGAUUCCCCAUUUUCAACUUGGACUAUGGGACUGGAGGAGCCUCCGAAAGCAUUGCAAACGAUAGCCACGCUAUGUCAGAGAUUGAGAAGGAAAUGGCUGAGAAAGAAUCUGCCUGGAUGAUUGAGAGGACCGACCUCCAGGACAUCAUCAUGCGCCUCCAGCAGCAAAUCUCUGAAGAAAAGGCCCACUGGGAGCAGGAGCAGCCGCAGAAUCUGCCGGAAGACAGCGCCGAGGUGUUGGAAUUGAGGAAGAAGAUUGUCGCCCUGGAAUACGCCAAUGAGAAUAGCGGAAUUGUUCGUUUGGAGAACGAUGUGCUGAAGGGCACCAUCGACAACCUCAAGGUGGAGAUCGAGCGCUCGAAGGAGUUGUGGGCUAAAAAUGUGGCUGAUGCUGAGAUGCAGUUCGCAUCUGCUGCCGGAGAAAUCGCCGAGCUGAAGAAGAUCAACGCCGAUCUCGCUGGCUCUGCCCGCUCGAUGUCCAACGAUGAGCUUACACGGCUUCGCCAUGAGAAGGAACACCUUAUCGCCAAAAACGAGGAGCUGCGCGCCCGUAAUCAGACACUUGCCGGGCACCUGAUGGAGCUGCAGAAAUGUUCCGUGCGCGACAUUCCUCCGGUGGUGUCCGUUCCGCAGGGCCCUCCCGGACUCCCAUCGAAAGGCGACAACUUGCAAAUGGCACCUGCCAGCGGACCUGCGGCCAUCUCCCCGCCGCCGUUGUCUGCCGACUCGACGAGCUCGUCGGAUUCCACCCCGCUGAACACUGUCGUCUCCGUGUUGUGGUCGGAUCCGGGGGCUGUGAAGUCUGACAAUCCCGACCCGGUGAUGUUGCCGUUGCUGAAAUCGGCCGCUUCGAGCCCAUCAUCUGCAUCGUUAAACGCUCUGGCCAAGUUUGAGCAGCUCUGGGAUGCACACUCGUCGAGGGUCGAAGAGACCGCCGCCGAGCUGGAGAAGCAGUUAUCGGUGGGUUUUUGCGCGAUGUUGAUUUGCCUGGGGAACGUUCCGUUCAAUUUCUCCUUACAGGAACAC